GAAGUGCUGAACAAUUUAAAAGCAUUAUUGGUAGCUUUAAACAAUUUGAACUCAAUUUCAAACAUGUAACAAUUUAUUUUAAAUAACAUUAUACAUGAUGUCAAGAAGAAAAAUACAAAUAAUCGAAAGUUUAAAAUAAUCAAAUUAUAUAAGUAACACGUUUGGCUAAAUGAGUGAUUUUCAUAAACAAGCUCUAACACUCGACCAUAGCCCUGGCAUUCAGGUAUUCGGAUAAGAACCAUUCGGUUCCGAGUAUAUCGAAUAAAUCAUUUUUAUACCCAAUAAGUACUUAUGAGAUAUUGGUUCGAUUUCGGUUCGGUCUCGGUUCGGUUUUGAAUAUCCGUUUAAUAUAUGAAUCAAAUAUAUAUAUAUAUAUAUAUAUAAAAUAUAUUAGUUAACGUGUUAAUUUAAGUAGUCUAGUGGUUACACACUUGCAUAUUCGUCAAUCUAACUAGAGUUAGAGUCAUUGAAGUGCUAAUUUUAUAAUAUUUACUGUAUUUUAAUAUAAAAUACAAUAUAUAUAUAUAUAUAAGUACAUAAAAGAUUAUGUUGUCUAGUGGUAACAAUGUUCUCACUCUUCAUGUCCAACCCAGGUUUGAAGUGAAGUUGAUGAUAUUUUACCUUAUAAUAAAAAGCUGAAUUUUUUUUUUUUGGAUAUUUAUGUACCCAUUCGGUUCGGUUAUUCGGAUAUAGAAAUAUAGGAACCAUUCGGAUAUUUUAGAGUUUCCGUCCAGUUUUGGUUUCAGGUAAUUCGGUUUGGUUUUUCGGUUCUGUUUUUUUUUUGCCCAAGGCUAGUCGACUAGUAAAAAUUUACACAAAUCUCCAUUCUAAAAUGUCAUUAAAAUUUUAAAACAAAUUCAUAACUCCUCCUACAUAGCCUAUUUCAAACAAAAUCCACAACCAUAUACUAUUAAAUGAAUCUUAUGUGAUACUCUUUUUCUUUAUAGUUUCCUUCAAAAAAAAUUGAGCAGAAAUUAGGGAAAAGUGUAGAUAAAAAAGCAUAAAUGUAAAGAACAAGUAAAAUAUAAAAUAAAAAUCUGAGCUUAUAGUAUAGGUCGUCAUGUGUGUUGUUGAUGUAUAAAGAGCUGUAAAGGGACGUCUUCUCUCGUAAAACAAUAAUCAUCCAAACAACCUUCUUCUUCUCUCUCUCUCUCUCUCUGUCAAAGCUUUCGUCAUCACAGAGUACAGAGAACUGACACUAUUCUUUGACUUCAGACACUCACUUCCCUUCCCAAACUAAAACAGUUUCCCACACUUCAAGAAUCACACUUUCACCACUCCUCCUCCGGCGAUAACCAUGAUCACGUGGCACGACCUCUACACUGUCCUCACGGCGGUGAUCCCACUCUACGUCGCGAUGAUCCUCGCAUACGGCUCCGUCCGGUGGUGGAAAAUCUUCUCGCCGGACCAAUGCUCCGGAAUAAACCGCUUCGUCGCCAUAUUCGCCGUCCCUCUCCUCUCCUUCCACUUCAUCUCCACCAACAACCCUUACGCCAUGAACCUCCGCUUCAUCGCCGCCGACACGCUCCAGAAGCUGAUCAUGCUCUCCCUCCUCACCCUCUGGGCCAACUUCACUCGCGCGGGCAGCCUGGAGUGGAGCAUCACCAUCUUCUCCCUCUCCACGCUCCCCAACACGCUCGUCAUGGGCAUCCCUCUGCUGAUCGCCAUGUACGGCGAGUACUCCGGCUCGCUCAUGGUGCAAGUCGUCGUUCUCCAGUGUAUAAUCUGGUACACGCUCCUCCUCUUCUUGUUCGAGUACAGAGGGGCCAAGAUUCUGAUCAUGGAGCAGUUCCCGGAGACGGCCGCUUCGAUAGUUUCUUUUAAAGUCGAGUCCGACGUCGUUUCGUUGGACGGGCAUGAUUUUCUUGAGACGGACGCUGAGGUUGGAGACGACGGGAAGUUACACGUCACGGUGAGGAAGUCGAACGCUUCCCGGAGAUCUUUUUGCGGUCCGAAUAUGACUCCGCGUCCGUCGAAUCUCACCGGAGCUGAGAUUUAUAGUCUCAGCACGACGCCGAGAGGUUCUAAUUUUAACCACUCGGAUUUUUAUUCGGUGAUGGGGUUUUCCGGUGGCCGGCUCUCGAACUUCGGUCCGGCGGAUAUGUAUUCUGUUCAGUCGUCGAGGGGACCCACUCCGAGACCUUCGAAUUUCGAUGAGAGUUGUGGGAUGGUUUCUUCUCCUAGAUUCGGGUAUUACCCGGGUCCAACCGGGUCGUACCCGGCUCCGAACCCGGAAUUCUCCACCUCAGCCGCUAGUAAAAGCCAUCAUACCGGAGGGAAGUCGAAUAGUCAUGAUGCUAAGGAGCUUCAUAUGUUUGUGUGGGGAUCCAACGGGUCACCCGUUUCGGAUAGACCGGGUCUUCCACUAUCCGGUGGAUCUUAUGAACAAGCUGGAGUAUCCGAUCAGGGAGCAAAAGAGAUCCGGAUGUUAGUCUCUGAUCCUCCAGAAGCUGCUCCGACUAAUGGAGACUUUGGCGGCGAAGAAGAGUCAGGGAAGGUGAAGGAAGUGCCAAACGGGCUGCACAAGCUUCGGUGUAACUCCACGGCGGAGCUUAACCCUAAAGAAGCGGUGGAAACGGGUGAAACCGGACCGGGAAAACAUAUGCCGCCGGCGAGUGUGAUGACUCGGCUGAUACUGAUUAUGGUGUGGAGGAAACUGAUCAGGAACCCAAACACUUACUCUAGUCUCAUUGGUCUAAUUUGGGCUCUUGUGGCCUUCAGGUGGAAUGUGGCAAUGCCUAAAAUCAUUCAAGGAUCAAUCUCAAUUCUCUCUGAUGCUGGUCUCGGUAUGGCAAUGUUCAGUUUAGGGUUGUUCAUGGCGUUGCAACCUAAGUUAAUAGCUUGCGGAAAUUCUACAGCAACUUUUGCAAUGGCGGUGAGGUUCUUGACUGGACCAGCAGUAAUGGCCGUUGCAGCCAUGGCUAUUGGAUUACGGGGAGAUCUAUUACGCGUGGCCAUAGUUCAAGCUGCAUUGCCACAAGGAAUCGUGCCAUUUGUGUUUGCAAAAGAAUACAAUGUUCAUCCGGCAAUCUUAAGUACAGGGGUAAUAUUUGGAAUGCUUAUCGCACUACCGAUCACACUUGUUUACUACAUUCUACUCGGGCUAUAAGCUCGGUAAUGGUAAAGUUUUGAUUCAGUCAAAACAAGAUCGCUCCAAAUUUAGUGGAACAAAACUAGAGAAUGUCCAAGAGGUUUAGUAAAGUUAGUGACCAAGAUGUGAUUUGAGGAUCCAAAGCCCCUUUCUUGUCAAAACUUUCCUAUGGAUUAUUUGAGAAGAGACAAGCAACGGGAAACAAGGGCAACGAGACAAAAGCAACCAACAAAAGAAAAAAUAUAUAUAAAAGAGCCUGAUGACAUAUUUGAUUUUUGAAUUCUCCUUUUACUGCCUGUGUCUUUUGAAGUAGGUAGGCAUUGCGCUAGGAUUAAAACGUUUCAGGUCUUUGUUACUGUACGCUGUGUUUUGUGGAAAGUGUGCUUUUGUAUGUUAUCACUUUUUUACUAUGAGUCUA